GAGGCGGCGUGGGCGGCCGGGGCAGGCGAGGCCGGGCGGAUGGGGCGCGUCCUGGGAAUCGGAGCGCGUCCUCUCGGCCACCGCCAUGGCAUCCAAGUGCCCCAAGUGCGACAAGACCGUCUACUUCGCUGAGAAAGUAACUUCCUUGGGGAAAGACUGGCACAAGUUCUGUUUGAAAUGUGAGCGCUGCAAUAAGACGCUGACACCUGGUGGACAUGCUGAGCAUGAUGGGAAGCCCUACUGCCACAAGCCUUGUUAUGCAACAUUGUUUGGACCAAAAGGGGUAAAUAUUGGAGGGGCAGGAUCAUACAUCUAUGAUAAGCCUCAGAAUGAAGGACCAUUGGUGUCAGGUCCCAUUGAGUAUGUAUCCAAGGCAGAAGAAAAGAAAGUGAAUUCUGCACCCAAGGCACCCAGCAGAGCCUCCAGCAUUACCACUUUCACCGGAGAGCCAAACAUCUGCCCACGCUGCUCUAAGAAAGUUUAUUUUGCUGAGAAGGUGACUUCAUUGGGCAAGGACUGGCACCGCCCCUGUCUACGGUGUGAGCGCUGUGGGAAGACUCUAACACCUGGAGGCCAUGCUGAGCAUGAUGGACAGCCUUAUUGCCACAAACCGUGCUAUGGGAUUCUCUUUGGACCAAAGGGAGUGAACACAGGCGCUGUUGGCAGCUAUAUCUACGAUAAAGACCCCGAGGCGAAGGACCAGCCGUAAGAGUGCCAUCUGCCCAUCCGUCCGUCCACCCCAUACGCGCGGCCCACUUGCACUAUAUUCUCUUGCCUAACCUCUUUGUGUGUUUAGAUGUAGUGAAGUCACCUGUGGUGCUUGUUCUGCUGACUUCUCUGGGAAGGGCACUUCUGUAGUGGAUCUUCAGUCUAAUAACAGCUGUGCUAUACAUUUUUUUUUAAAAAAGCACACACAAAUGCCUCUCUCCCAUGGAUAACCGAGGGAGUUGUUAUGUGGCAAAUGUGCUGGAAGCUAGCAUUUCAGUUGUCACCAUUCACACAGAUUCUGUUGUGUGAGUCUCGCUGUGAUCCCAGAGCACUGCACAGCCAACUACAGUUCUUGUGCUUUGGUCCAACUCGCCCUUGGGCAUUUGGUGACUAUGAAUGCCAAGAAGGAGCCCUCCUUUUCAGCAAGGCUGCUUAAGUCUAGCUUCCAAGUUCCUGCAUAGCCUCUGCUGCAGUGACUGCCCUUGAGGCCUUUCCCGACAGGGGCUCCUGCGUCACCUGCAAUCCAAUCAGUAUUGUUGGGCAGUCUGUGGAAGCUGAACCAUCCCAACAUGGUCGUUACGAUACAGGCAGGGCGAUAAGAGUGAUGCUUGCCCAGGUCACGGUGUACAUGCAAGUAUACUGCGGUCUACUGCCUAACAAUGUUAUGUUUGCUGUAAUGUUGAAGGAUUAUGUUGUAAAGUGUUAGAGGCUGAAACUUAUAAUAUUGGGGGUGGGGAGAUGUGGGGCUGAUUGCAGUUAUUGUUUUUGCUUUCUUAAGUAUUUGAAGCUUAUUUAUAAUGAGAUGGUAACAUGCCUUCUGCUUUGGAAGACUGAACGGUAUUCCUGGUUGUCUUGGCGGCAGCCCUGGGGAGAAGGCAGAGCUGGCACCAGCCAGGAACGGGGCAUCGAAGCUACCUAACUGAUCAACACUUGGCGACGCCUUUGCUACCCAAAACACAGAUCAGCUGCUUCAACCCAGAAGCCCCACCAAACUAUUUUUCCCCUUUUGCUGUUAAUAAAAGUUUUGACACUG